CCGAAAUCAAAUAUAUAAACAGUAGAUUCGGAGUCGAGUUCAAUCAAAAUCGUUGAGAAAGGCGGAACUCGAGAGGAGAAGUUGUGCUUAUCAUUUUCUUGCCUCAAUUUAAGACUAUUGAGCGCUAAUCUAUAUCUCUCAAGAAUGGCUUCAGCAACACAAUUCAUCAAUUGCAGGCAGUGUUUAAGCGGCGCUCUCAUCUGUUCACCCCUCACCAUCGAUUCGAAUGGCCGCAUCAUUCCCAACACUCCACUACCGGAAAAUACCCAAACCAUCGACCUCAAAAACGCCAUCGUCUCACCCGGUUUCCUCGAACUACAAAUCAAUGGAGCUCUCGGAUUUCACUUCGCUCACUACGGCGAACCAGCUACUUACCAAGCAGGUGUCCAGAAAUUAGCCCAGUACCUCCCCAAGACGGGAGUCACGGGGUUCUAUCCCACAGUCCCAACCGUCUCGUCGUUGGUAUUCAAACAAGUGCUCCCAUUUCUUAAACCAGAAGAUAUCGCGUAUUCGGCAUCAGUACUUGGAGCACAUGUUGAAGGUCCAUUCCUCGCUCCGUCCAAGAAAGGAGCUCAUGAUGCAGCGAAUAUGCAUAUCCCGGCUUCUUCAUCACUCGAAAAUAUCUACGGGGAAGAGAAUCUGAAAGAUAGCAUCAGAGUACUCACACUGGCUCCUGAGUUACCUGGAGCAUUAGAACAUAUUGAGAAGUUGACGAAGGAGUAUGAUGUGAAAGUUUCAAUGGGGCACAGCGCUGCUGAUUAUCAGCAAGGGAAGGAGGGUAUGAAGGCUGGUGCGAAUCUGAUCACACAUACGUUUAAUGCAAUGAAUCCUUUGCAUCACCGGGAGCCGGGACUGCCUGGAUUGUUAUCUGAUCCUUCACCGCCAUAUUUCUCCCUGAUAGCAGAUGCAAUACACCUCCAUCCACGCGUUGUGGGGAUUGCAUAUCGAUCAUCACCAUCUCACUGUAUCCUGAUUACAGACAGCAUCGAGCUCUCAGGUCUUCCAGACGGGAUUUAUCCAGGACAUGCGCAGAUUCCUUUCAACCAGCUCAAAGAAGGGAACAAAGUGACUAUCGAGAACACGAAUACGUUGAUUGGUACUUGUAUUGGGCUGGAUGAGUGCGUCAGAAAUUUGAUGGCCUGGGCUGAGAUCCCAGUCCAGGAAGCUGUGAGGUGUGUGACGGAGAAUGUGGGACUUGCUCUAGGAUUGAAGGAUAGGGGGAGGCUUGAGGUGGGACGGAGGGGUGAUUUCGUGGUGCUUGAUGAUGAGGGCGUGGUAAAGGAGACUUGGAUUUUGGGAAAGAAGAUAGCGGCUGGAGUUUGAUAUAAGGAGAAUAGAGAAUCCCCAGAACUUUCGCUGCGAUAACAGCUGGGUGUAGAGAGUAGAAAACCGCACUUUGGAUACUGUCGAGAAUUCGACUUGAAAGCGAAUCUCGGGAUCGGGAUAUAUCAUUUUGUUGCACAUGAUAUCAAUGUUCU